ACUUUUAGCAGCUGUCACUCUCACGCUAUUUCAAUCGCCGAUGGCGGUAGCGCUCUUGACAUUCGUGUGUGUAAUAAUUAAUUCUGCAGGAAAGUGAACAAUAUACCUAAGUGAUUUCAGUGACAUUCUCGAUUGUAUUUUUGUUGAUACCACUGGUUUAAAAUAUCGGACAUUUGUUUAUUCUAUGAAUCAUGACUUCAGUCUGAAGACGGUGUAAGGUGUAAGUGUGUUCCGAAGUUGAGCAGCACUUUGGAGACAAUGUUCCAGAAACCGACCUUCGGAGCCAAUUCCUCCGGCUUCGGCUCCUUCAAUGCGGGUGCAACAACAUCCUCCCCCUUCGGCGGAGGCUUCAAGAGCACCGCCAACAGCGCGUUCGGAGCCCCGCCGGCCUUCGGGGCCGCCGCGCAGCCCGCGGCUGGAGGUGGUUUGUUUGGUGCGAGCAACGCUUCAAGUGGUGUCUUUGGCGCUACAAACACAUCUGGGUUCGGUGCGGGUGGGGGCUUCGGAGGGUUUGGGGCCGGCUCGUCAGGCGGGGGCCUGUUCGGGGCCUCGCAGCCUGCUCCGCUGUUCGGGGCACAGCAGCAACAGCCUUUCCAGGCGAAACCGGCUGGUUUCGGGUUCGGCGGUACAUCGACCAGCACGGCCGGCACCACGCCGGGUUCGACUCUGUUCGGCGCAGCUCCGGCCACGGGCGGCAUGUUCGGCCAACAGCCCGCCAUGGGCGGGACACUGUUCGGGAACAACACCGGAGGCUUUGGACAACAACAAACUGCCACGGGCACAGCCCACGCUAAAUACAACCCGGUGGUUGGCACCGAUGUGGUCGUCAAGUCUGGGACCUCGCAGAACAUCAACAUCAAGCACCAUUGCAUCACUUGUAUGAAGGAAUAUGAGAACAAAUCUUUGGAAGAAUUGAGGCUCGAAGACUACACGGCGGGCCGAAAGGGGGCGCAGGGGGGAGGGGUGUUUGGCUUCACUCAGCCGCAGGAGAACAAGCCACUUUUCGGCGGGUCCACGUUUGGUGCGCCUGCCACGACGGGCUCGGGCGUGUUCGGCGGCGGCGCGCUCGGAGCCUCCACCACCGGCUUUGGGAACACUAGCACAUUUUCAUUCGGCGGCGGGGCGCAAAACACGACGCAAACCAAUUCCUUGUUUGGUGCCAGCAAACCUGCAUUCGGGGGCACCUCCACCGUCGGUACCGGCUUGUUCGGAGCGACUACCACACAGGCACCUACGUUCGGCACCACCACAUCUACCUUCGGAGGGUUUGGGACAAACACAGCCACACAGCCAAGCACACUGUUCGGUGGCAAGCCAGCCACGACUGGGUUCGGCGCCACGCCCAGCUCGGGCUUCGGGGCCUUCGGCGCGGGCGGCGGCGGCCUGUUCGGCGCCAAGCCCGCCGCGCAGGCCUCCACCUUCGGCCAGGCUGCACCGGCCUUCGGCUCCCUGAACACAUCUGGCUUCGGUACAACGACGAGUACCUCAGGCGGUCUGUUUGGGGCCAACAACACAUUUGGCAAGCCUGCAACACAACCCACUUUCGGCUUUAACCAGCCCACGCUUGGUGGUGGUCUGGGCGCUAACACGUUCCAAGCUAAGCCCGCGGGGCCCACGUUUGGUUCGCUUGGCGGUGGCUCGCUUUUCCAGCAGCCGCAGCAACAGAACACAUUCAAAACUGAUGGUUUAGGAGGUGGCUUAGGCGGUGGUAUGUUCGGCAACACGAGUGGUCUCGGCGGGCUGGGUGGUCUGGGCGCGCAACAGACAUUCGGAGCGAACAACAGCUUCAUGGGACAGAGCGGCCUCUCAGCCGCCCCUCAAAGCAACGUUCACGAGCAGAUCCUGUCGCUCGUCGCCCGCCCCUACGGAGACUCGCCGCUCUUCAAAGACUUGGUGCCUGACACUUCCACAACAUCGGAAGAUGCUCUAAGACCCACAAAUCCAGCGGCCGUGGCAGCUGUGCUGGCCAACGACGCUAACUACAGAGUCGGCUCCUCUGUAUCACGGCUCAAAGUACUGCCCAGGGCCACCUCGCACCCUCAGAAAUCGCUUUUCGACGGUCUAGAAGAGUACGACGCCAGUCUAGAAGACCAGCUGACUCUGAAGCCGAGCAGAAAACGUCUGGUGCUGCGGCCUAAGAAUACCGCCACGCCGGAACCGGAAACACAACACAGAUCGUUAGACGAGCAGAACCAUAGAGACGUGCCUACGCAGACGGAAAAAGAGCGGACGGAUGUGAACUCUAACGACGACCCGGAACGACGGCGGAACAACAACAACAACAACAACAAUGUCGAUCUCAGUUCAGAGAAACAUGCCAGUUGGCACAGUUCUCCAAAGGGUCCAUGGAGCGAUAAGGACAGGCAAACCGAAGAGGAGCCUACUUCCCGACUCUAUCCUGAUUUAGAUAAAGAGUUGCCGGCACAGUUUCCUGAACGUCGGUCCAGCUGGCUAACAACUAAGCCCCUUCGGAAACCGCCGCCGGCCGCCGCCGAAACGUCCGCCGAACAUUCGUUGCGGGAACUCGGCGUGAGGAGCGAAAGAGACAAGGAGAACAUCGACAGCUUGUCCGUUUCAGAGGAGGAGUGUAUGACGCGAGAGCCACCGCCGGCCGCGCCGCACCCGGCAGGCGUGAAGCUGACCAGACCCGGGUACUACACCAUACCCUCACUAGAAGAGAUGGUCGCAUACAUGCGUCCGGAUGGGUCGUGCGUGGUGCCACACCUGACUAUUGGUCGAAAGAACUACGGAAACGUGUUUUACGAUUGCGAGGUCGACGUUGCCAACCUUGAUCUCGACGCGUUAGUACACUUCCUAAACAAGGAGGUAAUAGUGUACCCCGAGGACUCCGACAAGCCGCCGGUAGGCCAGGGUCUGAACCGGCGCGCCGUGGUCACGCUCGACCGCAUCUGGCCCAGGGACAAGACGGAGAAGACCCCCAUCACGGACCCGGAGAGAUUACUAACAAUGGACUACGAGGGUAAGCUGCGUCGUGUGUGCGACAAACACGACACGAAAUUCAUCGAAUACCGCCCGCAGACCGGCAGUUGGGUCUUCCGGGUGGAGCAUUUCAGCAAGUACGGGUUGACAGACUCCGACGAGGAGGAUGACCCCACGCCGACGGUUCUCAAGCGGCAGCUGGUCGACGAGAAUUUGCAGAAAAACGCCGCCCCAGCUCAAAUACCACCAGUAUCAGCAGCGCCCGGCCUCGGAGGCCUCAGCAGCCUCGCCGGCCCCGGGCUGGGCGGCCUCGGCCUCAGCGGGCCCGGCCUCGGCGGCCUCGGGGCGCCAGGAUUGGGAGAUGACAGCUUGUAUGCCAUGCAGCAUACGUCACUCGAUCUGCUGGGUCAGGCUGGGAAAGCCUUUGAGAUGGACACGACAGAAGACAACGGCGAGUCUCAGAGCCUUUACGACUCUACCAGAGGAUUUGGAGUGAAGAGUCCGACUGCAGAACUGGCCCGCUUGGAGAACAGACAGAGCCACCAUGUGCAAUUGAUGAAGGCAUCUAUUUAUGCUGAUGACAUGGAUAUGGACGACGGUACGUCCACCUCGACGGGCGACCAGCAGGUGCCCGCGCCGCGGAGCGUGUUCCGUCUCGCCCCGCGCGACAACCUGCCUCGCGUCGUGGAGGCCGGGGCGUUAGUGCACCUGCCCGACAUCCAGGCUGGCGUGGACGACGGCACGUCCACCUCGACUGGCGACCAGCAGGUGCCCGCGCCGCGGAUCGUGUUCCCUCUCGCCCCGCGCGACAACCUGCCCCGCGUCGUGGAGGGCGGGGCGUUAGUGCAUCUGCCCGACAUCCAGGCUGGCGUGGAUAUGGACAUGGACGUCGGCACGUCCACCUCGACUGGCGACCAGCAGGUGCCCGCGCCGCGGAGCGUGUUCUGUCUCGCCCCGCGCGACAACCUGCCCCGCGUUGUGGAGGAGGCCGGGGCGUUAGUGAACCUGCCCGACAUCGAUGCUGGCGUGGAUAUGGACUUGGACGACGGCACGUCCACCUCGACGGGCGACCAGCAGGUGCCCGCGCCGCGGAGCGUGUUCCGUCUCGCCCCGCGCGACAACCUGCCCCGCGUCGUGGAGGAGGCCGGGGCGUUAGUGCACCUGCCCGACAUCCAGGCUGGCGUGGAUCUGCCUAUGCGGCCGCUCAUCGUGAAUCCAGAGAUAAUCGUACUCAAGUACCACAGGAAAGUGCUGCCGUUCAAACUGACUAUAGCUGGUAAAUUGGACGCGGCAUGCAUAGCUGACCUAUCAGUGAGUCGCGCGCGCCACAGCCGUGUCGGGUUCGGUCCCGGCGGCGCUAUGGUCUUAACUUCCACUUAUGACGCACUAGUCGACCUGCCUAGAGCGGCUCAGCUAUCGGAGAUCGGCAAAUAUGUCGCGGGGCGCGCCGAAGACGACUGGAGCGAGCCCGUGGUCGCCAGGCUGGCCAUAGGACAUACUGACACCACCAACAACUUUAUGUCAACGCUCACCAAGCAGAUGGAAACCCUCCUGGAAUGGUCGACGUCUUUUCCCUCUGAGGAGUCAGCCGCGGAGCACUGUCCGCGGCUCACGCUGAAAGAGGCGCCACGGGACCGCAGGGAAGCCCUGCGGGCGCUGCGCGAGCGGGCCGCGCAGGACCGGGACCGGACCACUAAGUUUGGCGUGUCGGGAGCGUACUGCUAUGAAGUGUGGACGCUGUGCGAGGCGCUGUGGGGCGCAGACUUAGAUAACGGCGGAAUUCCCGGUACAGAUGACUUGUCUGUGGUAAAUCGCCAUCGAGAGCUGUUACGUUGGCUGACGGAGGCAGUGGCUGGCAUUACUGACCGCGAGCUAGAACAGCCGUGCAGACCAGAGGCCGAAGAUGAGUCAGAUGGGCAUAGUGCGCGUGUAUGGACCCUGCUGUUAGGCGGUCGGUUGCUCGAAGCUUGCAAGGUCUCCAGAGAGCAUGGAGACAUGCACAUGGCCUCACUCAUCGCGCAGGCAGCCGGUGACGGGGUAUUCCGCAGCCUCAUAGCUCGUCAGCUGUCCCAAUGGCGAGAGUGCGGAGCCGAAAGCACAGUGUCAGCCCACCGACUAGCCUCCUUACAACUCCUCGCUGGCUUAGAGAGCCCUCGGACCAAGCUUAUGGAAGGCGACUGGCUGCAAACGCUACAUGCCACUGCCAGAUAUAUCUGCGCCCCCGUCCCCUCCCUGGAGCACGUAAUCCGCACGUACGAGAGCUUCUUCGUCCCGGAGCCGGAGGGGGAGACCGACCUCACCGCGGUGCUGGACGACCAGGCCGAGCUCAGGUGUCCCCUGCCCCCCUAUAUGGGGGAGUAUGACGUCACCGUCCACGAUGUGAGUAUAGGGUUGUUGACAUUUGUGUACAGAUAUAUCUGCGCCCCCGUCCCCUCCCUGGAACACGUAUUCCGCACGUACGAGAGCUUCUUCGUCCCGGAGCCGGAGGGCGAGGCCGACCUCACCGUGGUGCUGGACGACCAGGCCGAGCUCAGGUGUCCCCUGCCCCCCUAUAUGGCGGAGUAUGACGUCACCGUCCACGAUGUGAGUAUAGGGUUGUUGGCAUUUGUGUACAGAUAUAUCUGCGCCCCCGUCCCCUCCCUGGAGCACGUAAUCCGCACGUACGAGAGCUUCUUCGUCCCGGAGCCGGAGGGGGAGACCGACCUCACCGCGGUGCUGGACGACCAGGCCGAGCUCAGGUGUCCCCUGCCCCCCUAUAUGGGGGAGUAUGACGUCACCGUCCACGAUGUGAGUAUAGGGUUGUUGACAUUUGUGUACAGAUAUAUCUGCGCCCCCGUCCCCUCCCUGGAACACGUAUUCCGCACGUACGAGAGCUUCUUCGUCCCGGAGCCGGAGGGCGAGGCCGACCUCACCGUGGUGCUGGACGACCAGGCCGAGCUCAGGUGUCCCCUGCCCCCCUAUAUGGCGGAGUAUGACGUCACCGUCCACGAUGUGAGUAUAGGGUUGUUGGCAUUUGUGUACAGAUAUAUCUGCGCCCCCGUCCCCUCCCUGGAGCACGUAAUCCGCACGUACGAGAGCUUCUUCGUCCCGGAGCCGGAGGGGGAGACCGACCUCACCGCGGUGCUGGACGACCAGGCCGAGCUCAGGUGUCCCCUGCCCCCCUAUAUGGGGGAGUAUGACGUCACCGUCCACGAUAACGGCAAGCAACGCCGCGUGCUCGACCUACGCUACGAGCUGCUCAGGGCUCGGGCCUUCAACCACCGGCCCAAACUGCACCCCGCUUCCUACACCCCCGACCCCACAGACUACAGUCUAAGCUUCCUGCUCGGCGUGUGGUUCGGGAGUCCCUCUAUAGAGAGCAUCACCGGAGUCGCCGAGCAGCUUGAGGCGGCGGGGGCGUGGCACCUCGCCGUGCACGCGUUGGCUCACCACCCUAAUGAGGCCGCACGCGGGCACUUGAUCCGCGGCGUGUUGUCCCGGCACGCGCCGGCGCGGGCCGACACGCCGGAGCUGCGCGCGCGCCUCGAGCUGGUGUCCGCGCUGCGCGUGCCGCGCAAGUGGCUGCUGCUUGCGCAGGCGCACCGCGCCAAGUACGAGCACCUACCGGCGGUAGAGGCGGAGCACCUAGUCGGCGCCGAACAAUGGAACGCCGCUCACAAAGUGCUAUUAGAAGAACUGCUACCCGAAGCUGUGUUGGCCGAUGACCUGCGCAGUAUAGCACCGCUGCUCGAACAGUUAAACGAGGCCGCAGAACGGCAUGAAGUCAGCGGCUGGCAGCACGGCGGGCAAGCACUGCACCACUACAUCAGGGUGUGCGACGAGAUCCGCAGCCUAGUGUCGUGUGUGGAGGCCGAUCGAGAGAGCGUCCAGACUCGCCUGGAGGCCCUUCGGCCUCGCGUGGCCGCCGCGUGCCGCGCCCAAGCCGGCCUCGCUGUCAAAACCCCGCGGCACGCCGCAGCCCGAGCCGAGAUGGGCGCCCGGCUCCUGCAGCUGGCCGUGGCGGCGCGCGAGCCGCCCGCGCACCUGGCCGCGCUACUCGCCGCCUUGCCGCUGCCGCCCGACUGCACCGCCACCGCCCGACAGAAGAUCACGAUGGAGCUCGCCGAACAGGCCUCAGAGAUGUGCAUAGAGUCGUCAGACACUUCCCCACACAGGCCCACGAUACAGGCGUAAACGAGCUGUAU